AUGUCGGGGUUGGCUGCUCUCGAUGCCAAAACGUCCAGCCGCCUGGGCAUUAUCACAAUUGCCUACUACCUGUGGACUACCUUUGUGGCAGUGAUUGUGGGGAUAAUCAUGGUAUCCAUCAUCCAUCCAGGGGGUGCAGCGCAAAAGGAGAACACAGAACACAACGGGAAGCCCGUCAUGAGCUCAGCGGACGCUCUGCUGGACCUGAUCCGGAACAUGUUUCCUUCAAACCUUGUGGAGGCAACUUUCAAGCAGUAUCGAACCAAGAAUGUGCCUGUGGUAAAAAGUGGGAAGACAACCUCUUCGGACAGUAUAACGCACAGAAUCCUCAUCUAUGGAAUCCAGGAUGAGAAUGGAUCACAUAUACAGAACUUUGCUCUGGAUAUCACCCCCUCCCCUGAUGUGGUCUACAAGUCAGAGCCCGGAACCAGCGAGGGAAUGAAUGUACUGGGCAUUGUCAUAUUUUCAGCCACUAUGGGUAUAAUGCUGGGCCGCAUGGGGACAAGCGGAGUUCCUCUUGUCAGCUUCUGUCAGUGCUUAAAUGAAUCUGUUAUGAAGAUUGUAGCUGUUUCUGUUUGGUACUUUCCAUUUGGGAUUGUCUUCCUUAUCGCAGGCAAGAUCCUGGAGAUGGAUGACCCUACAGCAAUUGGGAAGAAGCUUGGAUUUUAUGCCAUCACUGUGGUGUGUGGCCUUGUGGUACAUGGUCUCUUCAUCCUCCCUAUCAUGUACUUGUUUAUCACCAAGAAGAACCCAAUUGUCUUUAUUCGAGGAGUGCUGCAGGCACUGCUUAUAGCAUUAGCCACAUCCUCCAGUUCUGCCACUCUGCCAAUCACAUUCAAGUGUCUGCUAGAGAACAAUCACAUAGACAGACGGAUUGCCAGAUUUGUGCUGCCUGUGGGUGCCACCAUCAAUAUGGAUGGGACAGCCCUGUAUGAAGCAGUGGCAGCUAUCUUCAUAGCACAAGUCAACAACUAUGAGCUGGAUUUUGGACAGAUCAUUACGAUCAGUAUCACAGCUACAGCAGCCAGUAUAGGAGCAGCAGGGAUACCCCAAGCUGGACUGGUGACCAUGGUCAUUGUGCUCACCUCUGUUGGCCUCCCCACUGAUGACAUCACUUUAAUCAUCGCAGUUGACUGGGCACUAGACAGAUUCCGGACCAUGAUUAAUGUGCUUGGAGAUGCCUUAGCCGCGGGGAUCAUGGCACAUAUCUGCAGGAAAGACUUUGCUAAACAGAGUGAUGAGGUAAAGGUUCCUCUGAUUUGUGAAACAAAGCCAAUAAGUAUCCACCAGAUCAUGGCGUACCAGCGGAAUGGUUGUGUUAAGAGCCGGAGUGCCCCCCACCUCUCCCACACAGCACCAGAGUUCCAUCAAGUCCAAGUGGACCCCGAACCAGAACUUCCUGAGUCACCCGAGCAGUGCACAGACAAGGAUCACUGUACGAUAGAGAUCAGUGAGCUGGAGACUAAUGUAUAG